AUACCUGCCACUUCCCUUGUCUAUAAAAACCCAACCACAAUCCUCAAAACCCAAUACUACUUCUCUCUUCUACCCAAUAAAAUCUCAUUUCUCUGUUUGCCCAAGAUCCAGGGCAUGGCUACCUUUACACUUCCCUCUCUCUUUAUUCUCCUCUCUUUGCUCUCUGUUGCUCAUUCUGGAUCCAUUGGAAUCAACUAUGGGCGAAUCGCAAAUAAUCUCCCUUCACCAGCCCAAGUCGUUCAGCUCCUCAAAACCCAAGGCGUUAACAGAAUCAAGCUUUAUGAUACUGAUUCCAAUGUUCUCACAGCCCUUUCUGGCUCGAAUAUUUCAGUUACUGUUGCUCUCCCCAACGAGCAACUCUCUGACGCUGCCGAAAAACAAUCUUUCACUGAUUCAUGGGUUCAGUCCAAUAUUCUAACUUAUUACCCAAAAACCCUCAUCGAAUCCAUUGCUGUCGGAAACGAAGUUUUCGUAGACCCGAAAAACACAACCAAAUUUCUCGUACCCGCUAUGAAAAACGUGUACGCAUCUCUCGUUAAAUACGGCGUCGCUGAAUCAAUUAAAGUUUCAUCCCCUGUAGCUCUCAGCGCUCUGGGAAAUUCCUACCCUUCGUCCGCCGGUUCUUUUAAACCGGAUCUUGUCGAACCGGUUAUUAAACCGAUGCUGAGUUUCCUCAAACAAACUGGUUCUUACCUCAUGGUCAAUAUAUACCCCUUUUUCGCGUAUGCUGCUAAUACGGACACGAUUUCGUUGGAUUAUGCUCUGUUUAAGGAUAACAAAGGUGUAACGGACCCGAAUAAUGGGCUUGUUUACAAAAGCCUGUUUGAGGCCCAAAUUGAUGCUGUUUAUGCAGCGUUGAAAGCUGUGGGUUUUGGUGACGUGGCAAUGGCGGUUUCUGAAACUGGCUGGCCUUCUAAAGGUGAUGAAAACGAAGCUGGUGCAGGUGCUGAUAAUGCUGCUGCUUACAACGGUAAUUUGGUUCGUAGAGUGUUGACUGGAAGUGGGACCCCUUUAAAGCCCAAUGAACCUCUUGACGUGUUUUUGUUUGCUUUGUUUAAUGAGAAUCAGAAGCCCGGCCCCACUUCUGAAAGGAACUACGGGCUUUUCUAUCCUAAUGAACAGAAAGUUUACGACAUUACGCUUACAAAGGAUGGUUUGGGGAAUGGGCCCACCAUGAAUAACGGGAGUAAAAGCACGGUGGUGACUGCGCCGGAGCCGGCUUUGGAGGCGAGUAAGGUGGGGAACACGUGGUGCGUGGCCAAUGAGAAAGCUGCACGUGAGAAGUUGCAGGCAGCGUUGGAUUAUGCUUGUGGUGAAGGUGGGGCUGAUUGCCGUCCAAUUCAGCAGGGUGCCACGUGUUACGAUCCAGAUACGCUGGAGGCUCACGCUUCUUAUGCGUUCAAUAGCUAUUAUCAGAAGAAUACACGUGGGGUUGGCACGUGCGACUUCAGCGGAGCAGCCUACGUUGUCACUCAACAUCCCAAAUAUGGCAGUUGCAAGUUUCCGACAGGAUAUUGAUUUGGUCCGAGCUUUUGAGGAAGAAUCUCAACUUAUCAGAUGAGGAUUUGUUGAGAAAAUUUGCCUGCAAAUGAUGGUCCUCGUUAUUGGAUAAAGGGGGCCCAUUGGUGGACAUUCUUUUCUUUAAUAGUAUUAAUUAUAUUUAUAGUAUAUUUUAGUAUAUAGUUCGUAGGUGGACGUUUGGUCUAUGAUACUUUGAAGAUUUCUUUGUAAUUAUACCUACUUUGAAUUAAAUAGUGCUGAAUUGUUUUAGACGCUAUUUCAUUGGUUUUUUAUAGAUAUAUGUCGGCAAAAGUUCAUUUCCUUUU